AUGGCUUCAGAGUCACCCCAGCUAGAAAUGUCACCGCCGCAGACGGACCCCCGCGAUCAGUCCAUUGGUGCGUCUGAUUCCAAUAAGAGGAAGGCGGAACAAGGCAACGGAACACAGGCGCGCACAAAGCGGAAUCGCUACGUCUCCAUUGCAUGCAAUGAAUGCAAGCGCCGCAAGAUCAAGUGCAAUGGCCAGAUGCCCUGCCAACGUUGUGGUCACCUGAAUUUGGAAUAUUCGGAUGAGUUCCGGUCGAUGACAGAUCAAAUCACUACUUUACAAGACCAAGUCAAUACCCUAUUCACCAAUAUCAACGACCUCCGUGCCAACAGAUCAGCCUUUGAUUCACCAGGGUUUGAGCAUCUCUCUCGCGAUGGGUCUCAAUCGGUCUACGCUCCAAUGCAAGCUGGACCAGCAAAGCCACGAGCCCGUCACCCACGCUUCCAUGGUCCAACAAGCUCGGCAUUCAAUUUUGACGUGGCCAAAUCCAGCUUACAGAAUAUGGGUAUAACUCCAGCAGAAGACGGGAUCCCAGAUGACUUGACCACCGCACAUGUUUCUCCGACAGGCUCACCACCUCCCAAUAUGGGGCAAAUUCUUCAAACAACACAUCCUACCAAGGAUCCUAUAUGGACGAUCCAGCGUGAAGAGGCAAUGCGCCUUUGUAAAGUUUACGAGGACGAGAUUGGGAUUAUGUAUCCUGUGGUGGAUAUCGCCAAGAUUACAAGCCAGGCCAAUCUGCUCUACGUAUUUAUAGAGGCUGCUACCAGGACAGGCUUUGCACAACGAGGGUUUCCGGGAUCUGAUGGUUUACACGAUGAAAAUUCCAUUAUUUUUAAAUUGGUUCUCGCCACCACGCUGGUCGUGGAGGGGGGUGGUCAAAGUGAACUUGGGCAGCGGCUCUACUUGGAUGUCAAGCCAUUUAUAGAAUCGAAGUUGUGGGAGCCUCAUACAAUCAAAACCAUUCAGCUUUUUGCUAUUGUGGCCACAUACCAUUUCCACACAGACGAUGAUGCUAUGGCCUAUCGGCUUAUUGGGUUGGCGGCACGGAUGUGUUUAGAAAUGGGAUUGCAUCGUCGGGAUGCUUUGGUGAAGUCAUUCCCAGAUGAGGGGCGGCGCAAUGAGAUCACCCGGCUGUUCUGGUCCGUCCACAGCUUGGACAGACGAUGGAGUUUCGGCGCGGGGCUACCUUUCGUGAUUCAGGACGAGGAUAUUGAUCCAAACUUACCAGAACCUGAUGCAUCGCUACCUUACUUGCAAUGCAUGAUCUCAUAUAACCGGAUCAGCUCCAAGAUCUGGUACUCUGGUCUCGGUUCCGAAGGCACCACUGAUAUCCGUCGUGAUCGGAUCGGCUAUCUGGACUACCAAACUCUACAAUGGUACAAGGAAGUUCCAGAAGAGCUCAAGUUUUAUCCCGUUGAGACCCCCAAAAGUGGCGAAAACUUAAACAGAGGCAUGAGACGACUCAGGGUUCUCUUGUACCUGCGGAUGAACCAGCUGCGCAUCCUGAUAUACCGCCCCGUUCUCCAUUCUCCUUCCAGCAUUGCCGAAGAUCGAGGCCACGCCCAGACUGUUGUGGAAGUAGCCAAGGACUCGAUCCGUGUACUCACCCGGCUGAACCAGAUGUCCGAUAUCUACCGGACACAGCAGAUAACAUUCAACUAUUUUCUAGUUGCUGCGUUGGCGGUGCUGUUCCUAGCAGUGUCCCAUGCCCCGGUUGACUUCAACCGGCAGGUCCGCGAUGAAUUCUACAUGGCGCUCGACCUGAUCAACGGGUUCAGUACCAAAUCCCACGUCUCCAAGCGGUUAUGGAAGACAAUUAGAGGUCUACGAAAGAUCGGCGAGAAACUUGGCGUUCUCGCCCGUCCUUUUGGACCAGACUCAAGUGAUCCCCAUUCAAGCGCUGCCAUGGCGAUGGCUGGGUUGGCGGGACACCCAAUCCAGGACCUGUCCAUGUACGGGCCCAUGAAUGGUGGGAGCGAACUUGGAAAUAGUCCUAUCAAUGGACUCCAGAUGAGUCAAGAGUUAACAAACCUGUUCGAGGCUGUUGGCGCUUUUGGUAAUUUCAUGCCUAACACUUCAAAUGAUGGCAUUGGUGGCUUCGUUGGGCCGGAUGGGGAAAUUCAGAACACCGGCGAAGGUUUACCGGGGGUUUUGGGUGAUGAGGGGGAGUUUGCUCGAGUCAUUCGGGACUUGUUUUGA